AGCAAGAUGGCGUCUGACGGUGAAGACGUUAUUGCAGUCGUCACAGUUCAGUGUUCUUAAUCUGUGCCUCCAUGUACACAUAUAUGUCCUUUAUUACACUCUAGUAAAUAGAGUAAACAUCGUUAAUAACUGUUUGCAUCCGGUUAUAUUAGUCUGAGCGCACUUUGAUGCUUCUCGAGCUAGCUUAGCCUGCUAGUUAGCUUAGCUUGUUAGCUGCUAACAAAGAGAGGCGGAAGUGAUCAAAACACAUCACUAAGUAGAGAUCAAGUGUGAGUGUAAAGUGUUGUGAUUGUGUGAAAAUGUGCCAAAGAACCACAGCAGAGUACGAGGAGGAACUUUGUCCAACAAAAGAGGAGAAGGAGCGACAACAUGAAAAACAUCAAGUUGUGUUACACAGAACAGACAUCCGUCAGCUGAUUGGACACCAAGAAGAAUGUCUCCCUCAUCUGCAGGGGGACUGUUUCACUUUAGAGUAUCCACAGCCCUCACAUUUUAAAGGGGACAAGGAGUAUCCACAGCCCCCCUAUUUUAAAGAGGAAGAGAGGGGAGAUUUUCCUGUAGGGCAGGAGGAGGCUGAUGUCAGCAAGUUUCCACUGACUGUUGUCUCUGUGAAGACUGAAGAGCAUGAAGACAAACCACCUGAGUCCUCACAGCUUCAUCACAGUCCAAACGUCGAAGAAGAACCUCUAACCCGUGAGCAGGAGGAACCACGGUCCCCCCACAUACGUGAGGAAGAAGAGGUACCACAUUCCCAGCACAGCAAAGAGGGAGGAGAGGAGCCACAGCCCCCCCACAUUAAAGAGGAAGACGAGACGCCACAGACCCAUAAUGUUAAACUGACCCUUCACAUUAAAGGGCAAGCGGAGGACCCACUGAUCUUACACAUCAAAAAUGAAGAGGAGGACCCACUGACCCCUCACUUUAAGGAGCAAGAGAACCUGCUGACCCCGCACAUUAAAAAGGACGAGGAGGACCAAGAGCCACCGCACAUUAGAGAGGAAGAGGAGGAAGAGGGCAUCAGUCAGCCUAAAUGGUUGGAGGAGUUCCCAGUGACUGGUGUCCCUGUGAAGAGUGAAGAUGAUGAGGUGAAAGGUGAAAGUGAGGAGAGGGGAGGGGGGGAGCCUCCAAGCAGCAGCUCAACACAACACAUGACAACAGAAGCUGAUGGAGACCACUGUGGAGGAUCACAAGCAGACAAGCUCUUAGCUCCACUAUCAGAUAGUGAGGACACAACGUCACACUCUCCUGACACUGAUGAUGAAGACUCUAAAGAUGAUAAGACAUGUCACACUGACAACACUCACUUCACAUCUUCUCACUCUCACAAAACUUUUAAAUACCAUUGUCGUCUAAAAUCACACAUGAGAACACACACUGGAGAAAAAACUUUUAUCUGUUCACUCUGUGGUAAAGGUUUUGCACAAAGUUCAAGUUUGGUAAAACACAUGAGAACACACACUGGAGAAAAACCUUUCUCUUGUUCAAUCUGUGGUAAAGGUUUUACACAAAGUCAACAUUUGAAAUCACACAUGAGAACACACACUGGUGAAAAACCUUUUUCCUGUUCAACCUGUGGUAAAGGAUUUACACAAAGUACAGAUGUGAAAGAACACAUGAGAACACACACUGGUGAAAAAGCUUUUUCCUGUUCAACCUGUGGUAAAGGAUUUACACAAAGUACAGAUGUGAAAGAACACAAGAGAACACACACUGGUGAAAAAUCACAUUCCUGUUCAAUCUGCAACAGAAGCUUUGGUGAACGAUCAAGCCUUGUAGCACACAUGAGAAGACACCCGGGAGAGAAAGUGUUGAGUUGCAGUGUGUGUGGUGAAAGAUUGUCUUCAAAGUACCAGUGUAAGAAACACAAGUGUGCUGGUGAGAACAGCAGCAGCAAAUGAAACUGCAGGAUUUGAAAUAAACUGUCCAGACUUUCAUUUUGACUUUCUAACAACAUCAGCACAUAUAACAUGUGUGACAUUCAGAGGUGGGUAGAGUAGCCAGAAAUUGUACUCAAGUAAGAGUGCUGUUACUUUAAAGAUUUAUUACUCAAGUAAAAGUAAGGAGUAGUCACCCAAAUAUUUACUUGAGUAAAAGUAAAAAAGUAUGUUGUGAAAAAACUACUCAAGUACUGAGUAACUGAUGAGUAACCUGUUUGUUUAAUGAUUACGGCAACAAAUAAUGCACAAAAACAUAAAAAUAGCAAUGAGCAAAUUCAGAGCCAGGAAUAUCUCUUAAGCAACUAAAACAAUAAUAUGUAUUAAAUAAUAGUACAUUAAAAUAAAAUUUAAAAAAUGGCACAUUGAGCCACAAUAACUUAACAGCACCAUAGGCUCAGUAGGCAUUCAUUGAUUUGAUUGAUUGAUUGAUUGAUUGAUUUAUUGAUUGAUUGAAACUUGUAUUAGUAGAUUGCACAGUACAGUACAUAUUCUGUACAAUUGACCACUAAAUGGUAACACCACAAUAAGUUUUUCAACGUUUAUCAAUUACUUAGUAAAUGACCAAGUCGAGGUGAUCUACCUCAUAUAUACAUAUACAUACACACACAUAACAUUUAUACACACACAUAACAUUCAUACACACACAUAACAUUCAUACACACACAUAUUAUAUAUAUAUAUAUAAGUAAUAUGUAUAUAUGUAUAUAUAUACACAUUUAUAUAUACAGUAUAUAAUUUAUAUUUAUUUAUUUUGCCGUUUUUGUUGACAUGUUGAAGGUGUUUUAAUGAAUAUACAUGCAUGUUUAACAUAUAGAUUCCUAUCUUUCAUGAAGACAAGAAUAUAAGUUGGUGUAUUACCUGAUUCUGAUGACUUGCAUUGAUUGGAAUCAGACGUCCACGUUUUCAAAUGGAGGAGAAAAAAAGUUCCUCCUUCCUGUCUAAUACCACAUGAAAGUCGUUGGUUUUUGGCAUCUUAUUUGUCCAGCUUCCAUAUUCGUUUUUAUACACUUUACAAGAAAUACAUUGGCGGCAAUCUCCUUAUCUUGCUAGCUUGUUUGCGCUGGCUUUCGGAGACUCUUAUUUUUUUAACGCAGGCGCGAUGGAGCAGCGCUUUUAUUGUGAAGACAGGAACUGUGCGAUCAGUCUUUAGGCUUUUGACGGGAAGUACGGUUGAAAUAAAACGUGUCUUUUUUCUUUACAGUUUUGAUUGAUUGAUUGAAACUUGUAUUAGUAGAUUGCACAGUACAGUACAUAAUCCGUACAAUUGACCACUAAAUGGUAACACCCCAAUAAGUUUGUCAACACGUUCAAGUCGGGUUUUACGUAUCACGGUCAUGUGACCGCCUGGCUCUGUUUGAUUGGUCCAACUUCACCAGUGACUGCAUGUGAUUGGUGAAACGCAGGCAUGCGUAGUUCCUACUUUGAAGCUCUGUCAUUAAACAAAAUAAACAUUAAUAGAUCCAUAAAAAAAAGUAGCGAGUAGCGAGCUUAAUGUAGAUAAAUGGAACGGAGUAAAAGUAGCGUUUCUUCUCUAUAAAUAUACUGAAGUAAAAGUAUGUUGCAUAAAAACUACUCGUAGAAGUACAAUUUAUCCCAAAAGUUACUCAAGUAAAUGUAACGCGUUACUACCCACCUCUGGUGACAUUGUUGUUUGAGUAACAAUAUUUUUAAUGUGCUUCUACAUUUAUAGAUUAGAUAUUUUAUAUUAGUGCUAUUUUAAGUCUAGCACAUGCCUUAAUAUGCAAUAAUGUGUACUUUUAUUUAAAAAAAAUGAAAGAACAAUUUGAGUAAAAAGGUGAGAGUAACAGUACGAGACUUAUUUUACAUGGAAAAAACAUUUUGUGUGUAUGUACACACACACACGCGCACACAUACACACACACACACACACACAUAUAUAUAUAUAUAUAUAUAUACAUAUAUAGAUAGAUUUCGUCAUGCAAUUUCAGAUUCAUAUGAAAUAUUGAAGUAUUACAUAUUUUAUUUGUAAUUGUUAAUCAUCCCAUAGAUUAUCACCUUUAUAUGAUAUACAUAUGUACUGGUUCACAUCUGAAACAUCUUCUGGACCACUUCAUUUAUUACUCUGUAUUUGAUUGUGUUGUGAUUGUUUUAUUUGUAUGUCCCCAGACCUUUAUGCAAUAUAAAUGUGAAAGGAUGUUUUUUUUUUUACAAACUUACAUUUGUGGAUACAUCAAAUAAAUCCAGUAUUGUGUUUUAAACAUUUUUUAUGUGUUUUUUUUUUUUCUUUUUCAACAUCCCCAAAACAACAUCAGCAUCAGUCAAAGUUUGGAGUGUCAGACAAAAGCCAAUAUUGUACAUCAUCCCACAGAGAUUUACU